GGGGUAAUAACGUAUAUAUAAGACACACAUGACCUUGGUUUGCAAUGACAUUUUUACUAGAUUAACUACGUUAAACAAAGCAAAUUCAAAGUGACUCAUUUUCCCUCCUCUUUUUACUUGUCGUUCGACUUUCGUCGCUCAUUUGUUUUUCAUUAAAUUUACCCGGGGGAAAUGUUUCAUCAGUUUCACAAAAUCCUUCAGCUGGUAGACAUGUUUGCACUGCACGUCUCUGAAUAUUUUACGAAUUGGCAGCUGUAAUAACUUGUAAUCUUGUAUUUGAUGUAAACACGUACUCAUAAGCUUAUGUAGCAGACGUAGUGCUUGAAAUUCUAAAUUUGAGAGAAUAAAAGAAAAUACAGUAAGAACUGUAAUCGCCUCGUGUCCAAAAAGUGAACGAAAUUAAUUCUUCUGCUGGCCUAGUGGUACACUUGUCAACUAGAGUUAUUGUCUGGACAUGUCUGACUAGCUAUCGGAAGCAUCUCAGAAAAUGGAAAGGCAUGUAAUUGUCAAAAAAGAAAAGGUGGACUCUUCAAAUUCAGUCUCUUCAACAACAACCAAAUUUGCAUCUAAACUCCAAGUUUCGAUAAAACAGGAAAUAGUCACAUUAUCCUCUGAUGAAAGUGAUGUCGAUGAUGGACACCAAAAUGUUGGUGGCAGCAAACCUGCACAGUUAGAAAGACAAGUGAUUGUUAAACAUGAAAAGCCAGAAAUCCCAGCUGCAGAAACUAAAUCGAACGAAAUGCCUUCGUUCAAAGUUCAACGCGUUCAGAAACAUCCAGACCAGAUAGUCGAAAACGCUUCACUGGCCAGUGUUUCACUUCCUGAUGCCUGGUAUAAGCUCGUCUUGCCUGAAGAAAUCAUCGACAGUGGAGCUCUAUCAGCCGUACAACUGGAGCCCAUCAUCCAUGCCUGUCAAAGGCAUAAACAUAGGCUGCCGGAUGGAUCUCGAGCUGGAUUUCUUGUCGGAGAUGGAACCGGAGUGGGCAAAGGCCGGAUUGCAGCCGGAAUUGUCGUGGAAAACUACAGUCAGAGACGUAAGAAAUCUGUUUGGAUCUCCGAUUCAAACGACCUCAAAUACGACGUGGAACGAGAUUUUCACGACAUUGGAGCCGAGUUCAUCCCCGUCUGCUCCUUGAACCAAUUAGACUCCAGUUCCAGGAUAUUGGAUUGCGAGAAAGGUGUUCUAUUCACCACUUAUUCGGCAUUAGUCGAACAAGUCCGAUCGUCAAUCGGAAUAUACCAGACGGGUCUGAAACAAUUGUUGAAGUGGUGCGGAGUACAUUUCGAUGGCGUCAUCAUCCUGGACGAAUGCCACCAAGUCAAGGACCAGUUUUACAGAGGUUCCAAGAGUGAAUCUUUAAUAGAAUUGGCAAUUUGCGAUUUACAGAACGAGUUGCCAAACGCCAGGAUCAUUUACAUUUGCGCCACCGGAGUUUCAGAGCCCCGGAUUAUGAGCUACAUGAACCGUCUGGGACUCUGGGGUCGAGGGACUUCAUUCAAAGGAUCUAGAGCUUUCAUCGAUACAUUUGAGUCUGCUGGUGUCAUGGAAAUAGUUGGAAUGGAGAUGAAACAAAGCGGAAUGUUCAUGGCCAGACAAAUGUCUUUCAAAGACGUAUCCUUUGAAGCUGUCGAGGCCUCUCUCACCUUGAAAUUCAUCAAAGUUUUCGACAAUUCCGUCAAACUGUGGGAUCAGUUACGUCAAUCGCUUACCAAAGCGACAGAAAUUGUGAAUUCCACUCAAAAUAUGCGAAGACCUUUGUGGUCUCAAUACUGGUUAUCCCAUAACAAAUAUUUCAAGUACCUGUCCAUCUCUGCCAAAGUAAUGCACGCCGUCAGAAUAGCUAAAGAGGCGGUAAAAAACGGAAAAUGUGUCGUGAUUGGAGUUCAAUCGACUGGCGAAGCCUACACCUUGGAGCAGAUGGAAAAAGAAGGUGGUGGACUGUCGGAUUUUGUUUCGACCACCAAAAACAUUCUGCUAUCUCUUGUCAACAGGCACUUUCCUGUUUCCGGUUAUUACGACGGAACCGUCGGAGGGAAACGGAAGCCUUACUACGAAGCCGAUGGGAAAUUUAAAAGGCAGAAAUCCGAGUCAAACGAAUAUUACGACGCAUCCGAUUUGGAGUCGGAAGGAUGGAAUGAAGAUGCGGGAAAUGACCGUGAAAGUUUGCCAUCGAUAAGAAAUCAACUCUUUGCGCAAAUCGAGAAGCUCGGGGCUGUACUUCCACGUAAUUGGAUGGAUUAUUUAAUUAACGAAUUGGGAGGCCCUCAAAAUGUGGCCGAAAUUUCGAAUCGGGAAGGCCGUGUCGUCCAGAAAGACAACGGGCAGAUCUUGUACGAAUCUCGUUCAGAGUCAAAUGUUUCUCUGGAGAUGAUCAAUGUUCGUGAAAGGGAAAGAUUUGUGGAUGGAGAGAAAAUUAUUGCCAUCGUAUCUCGAGCUACUACCAACGGAAUUUCACUUCACGCUGAUCGGCGUGUGAUAAAUCAACGCCGUCGUGUUUACAUUUUACUGGAGUGUCCGUCAAGUGCUGAUUUAGCCAUUCAUCAGUUUGGAUGUGUCCAUAGGAGCAAUCAAGUUACGGCACCUGAAUUCAUCAUCUUGUUCUCGGAAUUAGCGGGAGAAAGGAGAUUCGCUUCGAUUGUUGCCAAACAUCUUGAAAAUUUUGGCGCAACUAACUCUGGUGAUCGCCAUGUUAUCGAACCAGUUGAUCCCAGCGAAUUCAGCAUAGACGACCAGCACGGAUGGCUGGCCCUCGAGUCUACGAUGCGAUCCAUUUUAGGGUACAAAGAACCAGUUGUCCCACCACCAGCUGACUACUUAGGAGAUUUUUGCAAAGACAUAAGUGAAGCUCUAUUUUCAGUUGGACUAAUUAAGAAAUGUGCUUUGGGCACGGAUUGGGCUCCUAACGCUUUUCCACCGCCUUACAACACUCAUCUUCCUAAAUUUCUUAAUCGGAUCCUGGGCGUUCCGGUGGAGCUGCAAACAAGGCUGUACAAAUACUUUACCGACACUCUGUCAAUGACCAUCCACUACGCCAAAACGAGGUCCGAUUUCAGCGCUAUGGGGAUUGUUGACAUUGGCGAAGGUAAAAAUAUCCACCGGACUAAACUUCAAACAUUCACCACUGACAUCGCAACGGGGUCAGCGGCCAAAAUCGAACUGCAUCGAUUUGAAUUCGACCGGGGAAUGAGCUGGGAAACGGCUCAAGAGAAAUGGAAUUCUAUUACUGGAGCCAACGAAGGAUUUUAUCUUUCAAAUGAAUUUCUCAAUGGAAAGUGCGGAGUCUCGCUCAUUGAGAAAAGUGACAUCCCCGUCAGCGCUGACAGAUGCGACCAAAAGGAAUUCUUGUACAAGGUUUUCCGACCCAAUACGGGUCUGCAAGUGAUGCCACAGUCUUUAACUGACAGGAAAAAGAAAUUACGUAAAGUCACUCCUGUUGAAGCUCGACAGUAUUGGGAUGAUAUAUAUUUCGCUUCUCAAACCGAUUGCUAUCAUUCCUACUGGUAUGGACGUUGUGCUAAAAAGGCAAUGGGACUCGAAUGUCGGAAAGGUUUGCGGCUGCAGACGUACAACAUUUUGUGUGGGCCGGUACUUUCGAUCUGGAAAGAUGUCGAAACGAUUGUACUCAAUGCCAAUGGAACUAUGCAGGUUGCCUGUGUACACGUCGGGGGCAAAAGGACUGUUGGUUUAAUUAUCCCGACGAUCUGUGAGUCCAGCAUUUCUAACCUUCUUACCAAGCAUUGCGGAAGAGGGAAAUUCUAACCUGUGACUUCCGUUUCGCUGCUAAGGUAAAGUGUCUUAUGUAAAACGAAGCGCAUGACAUAGACAUUUCCUAAAAUGCUUAAGCUUUUUUGUUUCAAAAUUUCUGUAAUCCAAUUCAAUCCUGUCGUUUUCAUACAAGAAUUUGUUACAUUGUA